GUGUCUUAAAGUAAAUCUUGUUGUGGAGCGGAGCCCUCAGCUGAGGGAGCGCUCUGAAAUAAUACACCAUUGCAGCCGGGGAAAGCAGAGCGGCGCAAAAGAGCUCUCGCCGGGUCCGCCUGCUCCCUCUCUGCUUCGCUCCUCUUCUCUUUUUCCCUCUUCUCUCUCUUCUUUUUCUGCUUUCUUCUCUCUUCUUCUCCUCUCCUGCUUUCUCCUCUUCCCUUUUCUCCUCUCAUUUUCUUUUUUCUCCGCUUCUUUCCACUCCUCUCCCCCUCUCGCCCCUUCUCUCCAGCUCUCCUCUCCCCUCCCCGCCCUCCCUCUCUCUCUCUCUCCCCUCUCCCUCUCCCACUCGCCCGCUCGCUCGCUCUCGCACAGACUCACCGUCCCUUGUCCAAUUAUCAUAUUCAUCACCCGCAAGAUAUCACCGUGUGUGCGCGCGCGUGUUUUCCUCUCUCAGCCGGCAAGAGAGAGAGAGAGAGAGAGAGAGAGAGAGAGAGAGAGAGAGAGAGAGAGAGAGAGAGAGAGAGAGACUCGGUCCCACUGCUCUCUGCACCGCGGUCCCGGGAUUCUUGAGCUGUGCCCAGCUGACGAGCUUUUGAAGAUGGCACAAUAACCGUCCAGUGAUGCCUGACCAUGACAGCACAGCCCUCUUAAGCCGGCAAACCAAGAGGAGAAGAGUUGACAUUGGAGUGAAAAGGACGGUAGGGACAGCAUCUGCAUUUUUUGCUAAGGCAAGAGCAACGUUUUUUAGUGCCAUGAAUCCCCAAGGUUCUGAGCAGGAUGUUGAGUAUUCAGUGGUGCAGCAUGCAGAUGGGGAAAAGUCAAAUGUACUCCGCAAGCUGCUGAAGAGGGCGAACUCGUAUGAAGAUGCCAUGAUGCCUUUUCCAGGAGCAACCAUAAUUUCCCAGCUGUUGAAAAAUAACAUGAACAAAAAUGGUGGCACCGAGCCCAGUUUCCAAGCCAGCGGUCUCUCUAGUACAGGCUCCGAAGUACAUCAGGAGGAUAUAUGCAGCAACUCUUCAAGAGACAGCCCCCCAGAGUGUCUUUCCCCUUUUGGCAGGCCUACUAUGAGCCAGUUUGAUAUGGAUCGCUUAUGUGAUGAGCACCUGAGAGCAAAGCGUGCCCGGGUUGAGAAUAUAAUUCGGGGUAUGAGCCAUUCCCCCAGUGUGGCAUUAAGGGGCAAUGAAAAUGAAAGAGAGAUGGCCCCGCAGUCUGUGAGUCCCCGAGAAAGUUACAGAGAAAACAAACGCAAGCAAAAGCUGCCCCAGCAGCAGCAACAGAGUUUCCAGCAGCUGGUUUCAGCCCGAAAAGAACAGAAGCGAGAGGAGCGCCGACAGCUGAAACAGCAGCUGGAGGACAUGCAGAAACAGCUGCGCCAGCUGCAGGAAAAGUUCUACCAAAUCUAUGACAGCACUGAUUCUGAAAAUGAUGAAGAUGGUAACCUGUCUGAAGACAGCAUGCGCUCCGAGAUCCUGGAGGCGCGGGCCCAGGACUCGGUCGGGAGGUCGGACAACGAGAUGUGUGAGCUCGACCCAGGUCAGUUCAUCGACCGGGCUCGAGCCCUGAUCAGAGAGCAGGAGCUGGCUGAAAACAAGCCCAAGCGAGAAGGCAACAACAAAGAAAGAGACCACGGGCCAAACUCCUUACAACCAGAAGGCAAACAUUUGGCGGAGACCUUGAAACAAGAACUGAACACUGCCAUGUCACAAGUUGUGGACACUGUGGUCAAAGUAUUUUCGGCCAAGCCUUCCCGCCAGGUUCCUCAGGUCUUCCCACCUCUCCAGAUCCCCCAGGCCAGAUUUGCAGUCAACGGGGAAAAUCACAAUUUCCACACUGCCAACCAGCGCCUGCAGUGCUUUGGCGACGUCAUCAUUCCGAACCCCCUGGACACCUUUGGCAACGUGCAGAUGCCCAGUUCCACAGACCAGACAGAAGCACUGCCCCUGGUUGUCCGCAAAAACUCAUCUGACCAGUCUGCCUCCGGCCCGGCCGCUGGCGGCCACCACCAGCCCCUGCACCAGUCACCUCUCUCUGCCACCGCAGGCUUCACCACCUCCACCUUCCGCCACCCCUUCCCCCUUCCCUUGAUGGCCUACCCAUUUCAGAGUCCAUUAGGUGCUCCCUCUGGCUCCUUCUCUGGAAAAGACAGAGCCUCUCCUGAAUCCUUAGACUUAACUAGGGAUACGACGAGUCUGAGGACCAAGAUGUCAUCCCACCAUCUGAGCCACCAUCCUUGUUCACCAGCACACCCACCCAGCACCGCCGAAGGGCUCUCCUUGUCGCUCAUAAAGUCUGAGUGUGGCGAUCUGCAAGACAUGUCCGAAAUCUCACCUUAUUCGGGAAGUGCAAUGCAGGAAGGAUUGUCACCCAAUCACUUGAAAAAAGCAAAGCUCAUGUUCUUUUAUACCCGUUACCCCAGCUCCAAUAUGCUGAAGACCUACUUCUCCGAUGUAAAGUUCAACAGAUGCAUUACCUCUCAGCUCAUCAAGUGGUUUAGCAAUUUCCGUGAGUUCUACUACAUUCAGAUGGAGAAGUAUGCACGUCAAGCCAUCAACGAUGGGGUCACCAGUACRGAGGAGCUGUCUAUAACCAGAGACUGUGAGCUGUACAGGGCUCUGAACAUGCACUACAAUAAAGCAAAUGACUUUGAGGUUCCAGAGAGAUUCCUGGAAGUUGCGCAGAUCACAUUACGGGAGUUUUUCAAUGCCAUUAUCGCAGGCAAAGAUGUUGAUCCUUCCUGGAAGAAGGCCAUAUACAAGGUCAUCUGCAAGCUGGAUAGUGAAGUCCCUGAGAUUUUCAAAUCCCCAAACUGCCUACAAGAGCUGCUUCAUGAGUAGAAACUUCAACAACUCUUUUUGAAUGUAUGAAUAGUAGCAGUCCCCUUUGGAUGUCCAACUUAUGUGUCUAGGUUUUGAUUUCAUAUAUAUGUGUAUGGGAGGCAUGGAUAUGUUAUGAAAUCAGCUGGUAAUUCCUCCUCAUCAUCAUCUCUCUCAUUUCCUUUUGUUUUCCACUAUGAGGGGAUGGUUAUUUUUCCUUCCGCCUUUAGUUUACUUUUGCCCACGGCCCUUAACAUUUGGAGACUUAACAUAGGGUUAAUUUUCAGGGAAAAAGAAUGUUGGUGUGUGUAAAGUCUACAUUAGCAAGGAAGGGCAUUUGUGAAAGAUGCAUCCACUGGGUUGGUGGCUUAUUGCAAAUGGCGGUUGGCUGAGGUAAACCAUGACACARCACAGCUCUACUGACAUUGAUGUGUCUCUUGUUUUUAAUUGUUAAGAAGGUCUGGAAACUCAAUGAAACCACUUCAUACACUGAAGUAUUCUGUUUGGUUUGAACUCAGUAAGUAGCUUUUUCUUAUGUGUUUAAAAAUAAUCCCAAUGACAGAUGAGCAGCUCACUUUUCAAAAAUACCCCAACAGUCCAAAUUAAAAAAGAAAAAAAAAUAAUCACUGUCGGUCUUUUCCUAAGAGCAAAAUGGCAAACACCCCCAAACUAGUACCAAUUUCUAAUGGAGGCAAAGCAAUUUUGUACAAAACUAACUCUUUCAAGAUAAGACUGGAAUCACACAUGAUCUUUUAGCCACCUCUGUCAACUUUAUAAUAGGUUCUUCACAAUAAGUGAGCUUAGAUCACUCUUCAUAGAGAAAAGCCCUAUAACUUGUUAUCAUUUUCUAUUUAUUUUGCUUCAGAUAUUAAAAGGCACAUAAGCUUCAAUUAUAUUCUUUGCUUGACUUUGUUUAUAUGCUUAAAAGAAUUAUUAUUUGUUUAAUCAACUCUCUUUUUUUUUUUUUUUCUAAGACACUAUACCUUUCUACAGUAAGGAAUAAAAGAAAUCCCAAUGGACCAUAAAAUCCUUGCCUACACUACAAGUUUGUUGACAGCUGUCAGCUGACUUGAUCUUUGCCUCCUAAGAGGAGGACGUGUGAGAAUGACCUGUUUCCAUAUAUACAGCUCUACACUACCCUGAUGGGUAUUCAAAGUGGCGACAGUCUAAGUGGUUUUUUUUCAUUUUAGGUAUAACGUUUGAAAGCAAUUGAUAAUGUCUCUUCUAAGUCAGAAGCUA